AUUUUGAAAUCAAAAUAUUUCCCGCUGCUUCCGUUUCCCGCCACAACAGUCUCUACCAAAUUCCUAAAUUUCACUCAAUCACUUACCGCGCAUGUUGGAAUACCUCUCUAUGCAAUCAAAGAUUCGUCAGGGCAUGUUGGAUUACUCUCUCUGCUAUCAAAGAUCCGGCGGAGAGGCACCGGCGGUGGAGUCAGAACAACUUUCCGGCAUGUAUUGAAAUCCACCAGAUAAUUAGAACUGUCGCAACCAGUCAUACGCACACACGGCGCAGGUUAGUGCUCUGCUCGUAUCUGCAAGCUAUGGCGGAACCUAUAGACUACUCGAGAACUCAAAGGAUUGUGCUCCUCAUAGAUCUAAAUCCACUUCUCAUUCUUACAAACCCUACACACUACCUCAACUCCAUUCUCGCUACCUCCACGCGCCUCCUCAAUUUCCCAUCUCUCUGCAACUCGCUUUUUGCUUUUAAUUUUUUCUUUUCUUCGCUUUCCCCUCUCCGCUCCUCCUCCGCAAUACACAGCCUCUUUCCGAACCUCUCUUCCGGUUUCAACCACCAGUCUCAAACCCUAGAAUCAAUUACCGAAACCCUAAGUUCCUUUGCGCUGCCAGUUGAAUUGGAAGUGAAUUGUUCUAAGGCUUGUCACACUGCAUGUUAUUUGCUUCAGCUAGUACAUGAUUACGUUUGGGAGUCUGAAAUGGAGAGUACUCCAGGUAAGAUGACUAGUGAGAUUCCAAAGGCAUCUCAGAAUUUGAUUGUUUUAUUUUCGCCUAUUUCCAGAUCGUUGAUUGAUCUAGCUCAGUAUGUACAUGUGGAUGUGAAUUCUGAGAUUUUAAAGGAUUUUGAAGGUUUUAAUUUCAAAUUCAGUGAGAUUUUUGGUACUGUGAGGAAUGCUUUUGAUAAUAGAAAUAUUCAUUUUAGUUGGAUCGACGUGAGAGAUGAAAAUAAUGAUGGAAAGGUUGAAUUUGUUGAUGAAGGUGAAUGGUCAUCCAUGUUGGAGAAUGGAAUUAGGCAUUUUGGUUGGGGGAUUAGUUCAACUGAUUCCAUUGUUUUAGGUUCUGCUCUGAUUCCCUUUGGCUUGAUAUAUCCUGAAAUUGGGAUGUCUUUUGAUUUUCUAAAAAGCAAUGCAUUUGACAGAGGUUCUGCACAGCUCAAUCUUGAGAUCCUUGAUGUCAAUGGAAAGCCUUUGGAAUGCAAGUUAUGUGAUCUUGAAUUGCUCAAUAUCACAACGUUGCCUAAGCUUAGAUCUGAAGAUAUUCUGAAUACACUAGGACUUGGAGACAAGCAAAAUGAAGGGUGUGAUCGAGAAGAAACAUUUUGGUCUUGUCUUGGUAAAAGCUCGUUUAAUAUGCAUCUCAAGGCUGUACAGAAGUGCAAUGUAGGAGAAAGGAUUGAAGGAUGCUCAUCUAGUUAUGUUCUAGUGCAGCAGUCUGCCAGAUGCAAAACUAACUAUCGUAAUGAUACUUGUGUUGAUGGAGUCCUUGAUGUACUAUCUGGAGGAAAGGGUCAGCAUUCCCAAGGAAAUUCCACAGUCCUGUGGCAAAUUCUUCUCAGUUUCUUAUAUGAAGAAAGCUAUUGGGUUUCAGUAACUGUAUCAAAUAGCAAUGGAAGUACAAUCACAGGUGUUCUCAGGCCUUUGACAGCGCAAUUGGCUCUUCUUUCAAGAAUAGAAGGUGGUCAUAACUACGGCUCAAUUUUAAAGCAGAUGAAUGACAUGACCUGUGGCAGCUCUAAUGAAAUCAAUGUCUCACUAGGGAAUGGGAAAAGAAAAAAGGACAAGAAGUGUUCAACAAAGAAUCUGACUUGGAGAUCAUUCCUCAAGGAAGCAUUUGAGUGUAAUGAUUUUGAGCUGGUAGAUAUUUGUUUUGCCAGAAAAAUUGAGAAAUCAAAGAAGCUGAAGUUCUUGAAGUGCUGGAUGAAACAAAUCAAGAAGUCCAGCACCUGCUUGCUAACGGCUGCAGAUUCACAUAAAAGACAGCCGCAACAGCCAUUCUCUACACAGUUUCCCUCAGAUUCAAACCUCAUGCUGGAGGGAGAUGCACAUCUUGUAUGCUCAGAAACUGCAGAAGCCUUCUUCAGUAAUCUACCAAAGAAAAUCCAGCAUGGUCUACAAUCUGGAAGAGACUUGCAAACUUUAGCAGCACGACUAUUGAAGUCAUCGAUACGCGCAUUAUCCCAAAAGUAUGAGAUAGAUGAUAAUGUAGGAGGUGAAUCCCAAAUUCCAAAUAAAAAUGAUUCAUGUUGCAAGACUAUCCUACCUGAACUUAUGAAGAUCCUACUAAGAAAGCCCAAAGAAAUGAAAGAGAAGCUGAAGCACGAUGAUCCCUCUGAAGUAUCUGAUUUCAGUCCAACCUCAGAAAAUACUGUUCGAGAAUUUGAAAUGCAGAUAUUGCUUCGGAUGGAAAUCCUUGGGUCAACCUUUUCUGAGAGUAUUAAAGAGUCCUCCAAGCAGAAGCUGGUUAAAGAGAUCUGUUCCUUUCUAGAGAUUAUUCAAUAUCUUGUCGAAGGAGGGAUUCAUGGUGAUCUUAGCCUAUAUGAUUAUGUUGAACGCACUAUUCGAUUAAGGUACCAUAACAUUAUCGCAGAUGUUGUCAAUAGAAUUUACGCAGAAAUGGAUCUACUUCCAUUUGGUGUUGAAGAUGAAAAGCAGGCUCUUCUGUUCAAUAGUGAGGACAGUAAUCAGUCCUGGAGGGAGAAGCAAGAGAGGUAUGAAACGGCUGAAGUCAACAACAUGCGAUUAUCAGUCUCAGCAGAGGAUGAGUUCUGCCAACCACCAGAAAACAUCGAUGGGAGCUCCCAAGCUAUAACAGGAGAGGAACAUGCCCGCAAGUUAAGUGAAGCUCGUGAUCGGAGAGAGAAGGCUCGACGAUUUGGAUCAUUCACAAGGAUGCCAGACCUACAAAGAGUUUGGGCCCCAAAGCAGCUUAAGUCUGUUAAAAUAAAGUGUGAAGAUCAGAAGGAACUGAAAAGAAAAGAGCGGAAAAAAGGUAGACACAGCGUUGUAUAUGAAACACCAAUGAGUGGAAAGAAAUGGUCAUCCUCUCAAAGUGAUGAAAAGCUAGAACGGAGUUCUACUUCUGUUUCCAAGGCUCUCUUUCAGGAUUGGUGAUGACAAGCUGCACCAUACUCACUGAAAGAAUACUGUUGUAGCAAUUGAAACAUGCUAUCUCUAAUUAGAAUGAAGAGCAAAGCAUGCUAUUUUACUCUAAUGAGUUACUUUUUAGAUCAAGUACAAAAUGAUGUAUGUGAAGAGAAUUUACUUCGAUGAAAAUGAUGGCUUUCCGAAUAUGUCAUCAACGUUUAAUAAAUAUUGCAUUUUUUUAAAUUAA